AGCAGCUCAAGUGACUAGCUGCUUCUAUUCAAAGUGAUCUGCACAUGUGCGCUGUCUCCUAUCAUUGACAGUUGAAAACAUAAUCACUAUCAUGGAAAAAGAGUUUACACCUCUUGAAUGUUUUCAACCAACAGGGAAUGGUAAAUAUGGUCUUAUAAUUCUGAAUCAACAGCUGGACAGACAUCUGUUAGAUCAGCUGUGGAGUAAAGCUGUCUUAAAGGCCUGCGCAGAUGGGGGUGCAAACCGUUUAUAUGUCAGCACAGCGGGAGAACAAGACCAGUAUUUACCCGAUUAUAUUAGUGGUGAUUUUGAUUCAAUACAGCCAAAGGUUAAAGAAUUUUACAAGGAAAAGGGAUGUAACCUUAUAGAAACUCCAGAUCAAGAUUUCACUGAUUUCACAAAGUGCCUUUCAAUUUUUCAGGAAAAAGCUGUCCAACAAAACCUGCAGGUGGAGACUAUAGUAGUGUUGGGUGGACUUGGUGGUCGAUUUGACCAGAUUAUGGCUUCAGUGGAAACUCUUUACCAUGCAGUCAACAUCACUCCUUAUCCAGUUAUCAUCAUUCAAGACACUUCUCUUAUUUACCUCCUCCAGCCUGGAAAACACAAGCUACACGUUUCAACUGGAAAAGAGGGGAAAUGGUGUGGCCUGAUACCUGUAGGAUCCGAGUGCAAUUCUGUAACAACCACUGGGCUAAAAUGGAAUCUUUCUGCAGGUGUGUUGAAGUUUGGCACUUUGGUCAGCACAUCAAAUACCUAUGAUGGUACCGGCGUUGUCACAGUGGAGACAGACAAUCCUCUAGUCUGGACAAUGGGAAUUCAGAAUACAGUUGAUGAAUGAAGGAAAAAGUCUAUUCAGGAACAGUUACAAAGAAA